CCCUGCGCGCCUUGCGGCUGCGUGUGUGAGGUGCACCCCGUCUCCGCGGAGCCCAGUUCUCCAGCCCCGCCUACCAGCUUUACAGGCUGCUCUGGGAUUUCCUUUCGCCUCCGGUUGGGGCUGCUGUUUCGCUUCGCCGACGUUGAUCCUCUAUCCCUCCGAAGUUUGGGAACCCCAACGUCUUCUUGCCUGGUGAUGGAGCUUUCAAGUCCUUCCAGAGAGGAGUGUCCUAUGCCUCGGGGCAGAGCAGAAAUCAUGGCUGCCAGCCUCAUGGGAUUACUUCUGCUUCACACAGUGUCGUGCGUAUCAGGUGCCUGCCCCUGCAGCCCUAAAAGCUUUGGCUACAGCUCUGUGGUGUGUGUCUGCAAUGCUACAUACUGUGAUUCUCUUGACCCCUUGACCCUGCCUGACCCUGGCAACUUCAGCCGCUUUGAGAGCACACGCAGCGGGCGCCGAAUGGAGCUGAGUCUGGGGACCUUCCAGGCCAAUCGCACAGGCACAGGGUUGCUGUUGACCCUGCAGCCAGAUCAGAAGUUCCAGAAAGUGAAGGGAUUUGGAGGGGCCAUGACAGAUGCUGCUGCCCUCAACAUCCUUGCCCUGUCACCUGCUGCACGGAAUCUGCUACUCAAAUCGUACUUCUCUGAAGAAGGAAUUGAAUACAAUAUCAUCCGGGUCCCCAUGGCAAGCUGUGACUUCUCCAUCCGCACCUAUACCUAUGACGACAGCCCUGAUGACUUCCAGUUGCUCAACUUCAGCCUUCCAGAGGAAGAUGUCAAGCUCAAGAUACCACUGAUUCACCAAGCUCUGGAGUUGGCCAACCGCUCUGUCUCACUCUUUGCCAGUCCCUGGACAUCACCCACUUGGCUCAAGACCAAUGGGGCCGUGAAUGGGAAGGGGACACUCAAGGGCCAGCCAGGGAAUCUCUACCACAAGACCUGGGCCAGAUACUUUGUCAAGUUCCUGGAUGCCUACGCCGAGCACAAGUUACGGUUCUGGGCAGUGACAGCCGAGAACGAGCCUACUGCAGGGCUGCUUAGCGGGUACCCCUUCCAGUGCUUGGGUUUCACUCCUGAGCACCAGCGAGACUUCAUUGCCCGUGACCUGGGUCCCAUCCUCGCCAACAGCACACACCGCGACGUCCGACUGUUCAUGCUGGAUGACCAGCGCCUGCUGUUGCCUCGCUGGGCCCAGGUGGUGCUGGCAGACCCAGAAGCAGCUAAGUAUGUUCAUGGCAUCGCUGUGCAUUGGUACCUGGACUUCCUGGCUCCAGCAAAAGCCACCCUGGGGGAGACGCACCGCCUGUUCCCCAACACCAUGCUCUUUGCCUCAGAGGCCUGUGUGGGCUCCAAGUUCUGGGAGCAGAGCGUGCGGCUGGGCUCCUGGGAUCGAGGGAUGCAGUACAGUCACAGUAUCAUCACAAACCUGCUCUACCAUGUGGUCGGCUGGACUGACUGGAACCUCGCCCUAAAUCCUGAAGGGGGACCCAACUGGGUGCGCAACUUUGUUGAUAGCCCCAUCAUUGUGGAUAUCGCCAAGGACACAUUUUACAAACAGCCUAUGUUUUACCACCUUGGCCACUUCAGCAAGUUCAUCCCUGAGGGCUCGCAGAGAGUGGGGCUGGUUGCCAGUGAGAAGAGUGACUUGGACACGGUGGCACUGUUACGUCCUGACGGUGCUGCAGUUGUGGUCGUGCUGAACCGCUCCUCUAAGGAUGUGCCUCUCACCAUCAAGGAUCCCGCCGUGGGCUUCAUGGAAAUUGUCUCACCUGGCUACUCCAUUCACACCUACCUGUGGCGUCGCCAGUGAUGGAGCUGAUAGCCACGCUUGUGCCUGGGCUCAGCAUGGACAUUAAAGGGACACAGUCAGCCCACAUGCCGUCUGUGGCUACAGAGGGUACAGCAGGACCAGGGGGAGCUUAAGUGACGUAAGCCCAGAGGCAGUGGUUUGGGUGACUCAUUCUCCCCUCUAGUUGGUGCCAGGGGCUGGAGGCCCCUAGGGAAAGGAUCGGGAAGCCCCAGUGGUCCUCCACCCCCGUGCUUCUGUGAGCGUGUGCUAUGCACUGGUUGCCUGUGGAAACUGGGCCCGGGCCCAGGGUGAGCUCACUGUCUGUACAAACACAGGGGUGGGGGGUGGGGUGGAUGGAGAGAGAGGUUAAGGAAAGGAAGAGACGAGGAAAGCCGGACCCAAAAACUGGGAACUGUUUGUCUUUCUUGGAGAUGCAGAACCAGGCCUAUGCAGAUGUCAGCACCAAGGCACAGGCCGUGAAAGAAGCCAAGCACCAGAGGGUAGACUCAAGCACCAGAUGGCCCCCCUGGUACCAGCUAGGAAAAAUGGCAGCUUCUUAAAAGACAGAAUGUCUGAUCUCA